AUGGCUUUCAAAGAGUUAAUCCUUUAUUUUCUUCCUACGUGGAUUUUCGGAUCCGCCGACCCAACCGCUGCCGAUAAGGUACGGUCCCAACCAGACGGUCAAUCGACACAUAAGUCGAACAAGAAAGAAACCCAGACAUCAAACCAGAAAGAAACCCAGACAUCAAACCAGAAAUCAACCCAGCAAGAGUUUUCCACCAGCCAGACCACUUGCCCGAUUAGUAAGGCCUGUCAACAUCUGCCGAAUGAAAGGGACAAGAGAGUUAACAAAACUGACGCUGCCCCUUCACAAAACAUAAAUGAUGAUGUGGAGGAAAUUACCCAGCUGCAGCAGCAAGUUUUCGAAAUUAAAAUGGCUCGCGACAAUCUUCAGGAGGAAAACGAGAAAUUGCGCAAUGACUUGAGCUAUCGAGAAAAAGAACAUCAGGAACAGUUAGAAAAUCUGAAAUGUCAGCGAAUCUUGCUAGAGGACAAAACGACCCAGCUUUUGGCCCAAAAAGACCAGGAGUUGGAGAACACAAGGAAACUCCAACCGUGCCAUGAUGUUCUUCACAAAGAAAUCUCCAAACUUCGUAGCGAUCUGAAACAAAAAACAGAGGAAUAUCAGAAGGAAUUUGAAAAACUGAGGCAGCGUUACGCCCUGCUGAACCAAAAGCGAACUCAGGCAUUGGCUUUGAAGGACCUGCAGUUGGAGAGGGCGCGAACAUUCCUUUCAGAUCAAGACCGUUUAAUUAAACAAAUGCAAGAAGAAAUUGUCCAACUACGAAAAUCUAACAAAGAACUUACUGGAAAGCUUGCGAAGAUCGAAGCCAAUUCGUCUCCUGCUGACCAAAUUCAUCAAGAGCAGAUCAAGGAGCCCGAAGUAGCUGUUUUUGCACCACCAAGUAUCCAGCGACAAGAUAUCGAAGCUGAACCAAACACUCUUCCGGUAACAAAGACAACGAGAAGGGUGUAUGAUCGGCGUGCGCUUAUGGAACUGAAAGACAGCGUUGGGACCACCAACAUCAAAAGUCUGCUAUAUUUCGGUAUUCUUCGUGAUUCACACAGUGAAAAAUCAACCCCGACCAACCAGGGAGUUGAAUUUAUGACUCGUUCUUAUCACCCACUGUUCCCAGCAAUGGAACAUGGUCAACCAAGAAAACGAGAAAUAAGACUGAUGAGUUCACAGGAGGAGCCGAGAAAGGCAAACAAUCCCAAUGUUUGGAUACCCAAAAGGCUGUCUGCAAAAUCUGAGGACGGCAACAAGACAUCUAGCGAAGAGAUUUUGAGAACCAUUCGUGGAAUCUUAAAUAAGCUUACACCAUCCAACUACCAGCGCUUAUUAGCAAAGAUACAAGAAACCAAUAUUGACAGCCAAGAUUGUUUGGCCGGGGUCAUCAGAAUCUUUUUUGCAAAAGCGGUCGAGGAAUCCAUUUUUGCCUCCAUCUACGCAAAAAUGUGUUUGGCACUGUCGACCAAAGACGUUGCAUCUUCAUCCGAUCCUGCGGAAACGAUUAACUUCCGCAAGCUGAUCCUAUCCCAUUGCCAGAGAGAAUUGGAAAAGGAUAGUGCGGGAUUAGUCAAGACAGAACAGAAACGACUUGAGUUUGAAAACGCCGAAACAGAAACAGAAAAGCAUAAGUUACAAGAGGAAUUAAAAGAACUCGUUGACAAGAAUAGAAGAACAUCGCUUGGAAAUAUAAUAUUCAUUGGCGAACUAUUCAAAGUCAACGUUAUUUCUUCGAACGUUAUGCAUCAAUGCAUUCGAAAGUUACUGAGUCACAAGGAAGACGAAGACUCGAUUGAGUGUCUCUGCAAGCUGCUGACCACCGUUGGCAAGCAAUUAGAGAGUUCUACCCUUCCAGACAAUGGAGUUAGGCCAAAUUUUACCAACGCUCAAAUUAUGACCUCAUACAUCCAAACUUUACAGACUAUAGCUGGUGAGCGGAAAGUAUCUAGCCGUAUCCGCUUCAUGAUUCAAGAUGUAGUAGAUCUACGCAAAACUGGAUGGAAACCUCGUCGAGUGGAAAUCGGACCCAGAACAAUCGAGGAGAUACAUAAAGAAAUGAACCAAGAGCUCGAGGGACAGCAAAAACAGUUACCUGAUCCGCAAAAACAGGGGCAAAUACUAAAAGAAUCCCGACCUGUCAAACAAGUUAAGGACACGAUAAACAACAGAACGCCUAAAGUGCCCACUUCCCAAGCCAGGAUACCAGUAAAUACCAGAGCCCAAACGGAGAAUCCAAACAGCGUUUCAACACCAAAUUUUAAAAUCGUUACCGCGCAAAUAAAAAUGGAGACAUUCCCUGAUAAGGUGAUGCUGCUAAAAGUAUCCCAGGGAAAUUACCCACACAUUGUUGGCAAAGGAGGUAAAAACAUAGAUCGCGUCAACUUAAAAUUUGGUGUACGAAUACAGACAAAAGUGGGAGAAUCUGCCCGUCGUGAUUACAACUUCACAAUAUCGGGAAAUGAUGCAGAAAACCGUAAGGCGGCUGCGAAGGACCUUCUUGACGGGCUUCCUGUUUGUUUGGAAUGUCCUGACCUAACCUUGGAUGGUGUUAACAACUUAAAAAUCAAGCAAAUGAAUAAGGAGCUUUCGGUUGAAAUAAACCGACCGUCUUCUCCCACCGGGAAGGUUACGAUUUACGGCAAGAUCGACAACUGUAAGCUUGCCUACGAACAACUAACAUCAAUCGGCAAAUAA